ACAUCUCAGUGUGCUGCCUUUCACCGCAGGAAGCUCUCCAGCCGUCUGGACACCAUGCCAUUCUACAAGAAAACAAUCAAAACGUCUGCUGCCAGUCUGCCUGGCGGCUUUCUCCACAGCCCGAGAAUGUCUGCCUCCAGAGGUUUUGCUGUCAGCUCUGUGUCAGGGGGUGCGAGAGCUGGUGCUGGCAGCGGCUUCGGUUAUGGUAUGGGGAUGGGCAGUGGCAGUAGCUUCGGUUACAGUAUGGGCGGGGGUGCCGGCGGCAGCAGUAGCUUUGGUUACGGUAUGGGCGGGGGUGCCAGCGGCAGCAGUAGCUUUGGUUACGGUAUGGGAGACGGUGGAGGCUUUGGGGACGCUGACAUGGACCUCAGCAUCGCUACCAAUGAAAAGGUCACUAUGCAGAACCUGAAUGACCGUUUGGCGUCGUACCUGGACAAGGUGCGCAGCCUGGAGAAGGCCAAUGCUGACCUGGAGCUGAAGAUCCGGGAGUUCUUGGAGAAUAAGACCCGCCCCUCUGCCCGAGACUAUUCAUCUUUUGAAGCCACCAUUGCUGAUCUGCAAGAUAAGAUCCAGGCAGCCACAAGUGACAACGGAGGCAUUUACCUGGCAAUUGACAAUGCCAAGCUGGCUGCAGAUGACUUCAAAACCAAGUACGAGACCGAGCUGGCCAUGCGUCAGUCGGUGGAGGCCGACAUCGCCGGGCUCAAGAGGCUGCUGGAUGAGCUGACGCUUUCUCGAUCAGACCUGGAAAUGCAGAUAGAAGGUCUGAAGGAGGAGCUGAUCUACCUGAAGAAGAACCACGAUGAGGAAAUGGAAGCCAUGAGAAACCAGAUGACCGGUCAGAUCAACGUGGAGGUGGACUCAAAGCCCCAAGUCGACCUGGUCGCCAUUAUGAGUGAGAUGCGCGAGCAGUAUGAGGGCGUGGCUGCAAAGAACCAGCGCCAAUUAGAUCAAUGGUUCCAGAAAAAGACUGAGGCGCUGAACCAGGAGGUGGCAGCCAGCACCGAAACACUGCAAACCUCCAAGUCAGAGAUCACUGAGAUCAGGCGCACGAUCCAGGGCCUGGAGAUAGAGCUUCAGUCCCAGCUGAGCAUGAAAGCGUCCCUGGAGGGCACGCUGGCCGACACAGAGGCCCGGUAUGCCAUGCAACUCCAGGGACUCCAGCAGCAGGUGACCAGCUUAGAACAAUGCCUGAUCAACCUGCGGAGCGACAUGGAACGCCAGGGCCAAGAGUACCAGGCGCUGCUCGACAUCAAGACUCGGCUGGAGAAGGAAAUCCAACACUACAGCUGCCUGCUGGAUUCAGAGGGCAGUGGCACCGCCUCAUCUGGAAAGAAGUCCAAUGUGAUUGUUUCCAUAGAGGAAAUCACAGACGGUGAAGUGGUCUCCUCCGUGACAACCACCAGAUAAACCAGCAUCUGGAGCCGAUGUUCACAUCAGAAUAAAAACCAAUAAAAGCCUCCGUUUGCUGACUGCCUUUUA